AUGGGCGGCGCGGGUUGGACGCGUGAGGCUCGCGUAGCUGACGACACAGACUUUGAAACCUUGAAACAUCUUCUUGGUUCUGAUGAUGGGUGGAAUCUGGAGUACGAAAAGGACGGCGUUAAGGUUUGGGCGGAAGACGCCGCUCACGGAGCCCUCCGUACCGUUAAGGUGGUUGCAGAGUUUGAGGAUGUGGAACCCGACGCCUUGUACGACGUUCUUCACGACCCUGAGUACCGGUCUGUUUGGGACACACACAUGUUGGCAGCAGAAGACGCAGGUCAUAUCAAUGUCAAUAAUGAUGUUGGUUACUAUGCGAUGUCGUGUCCAGCGCCGCUCAAGAAUAGAGAUUUCGUGCUGCAGCGCUCGUGGUUGGACACAGGCGACGAGAAGAUGAUCCUUAACCAUUCUGUCUUCCACAAAGAUUACCCGCCCAGGAAAGGGUUUGUCAGAGCCCUUUCUUUGUUGACGGGUUUCGUGGUACGAAGACGAGAAAGUCCAGGCAGUUGGCUCGGCUAUGUGUCUCGGUCUGAUCCUCGAGGCGCUUUGCCUGCCUGGUUGGUAAAUAGAGUAACUGCUCAGCUAGCUCCCCGCUUGGUGAAUCAACUACACGCCGCCGCUCGUCGUUACCCUGGGUGGAAGGCACUCACAGAUACGCCGUAUUACAAGCCUUGGAGACAUCCUGAACAGGUCCCACCAUAUCGGAUUAAUUUAGAAGAUUGCAUUGACCCCGAUGCUCUGCCACCACCAUCAGAACCGAAGCCAAAUACUUCAAAGACUAAAUUAGAGGUACCCCAAGUAAAGGAGACGGAAAGCCACAGUAUUGAAGACUUAGGAGACAUAUCAUCUGAGUUUAGUGUCGAAGUAGAGGAAUUCUCGGAACUCUCGCUUGACCCGACAAAGAAAAAAGGCAAGUUCUACAAAUUGGUCAAAUCCAUGAAAAAUAGAAGAAAAAGUGUCCAAGUUGCCAAAAGUGCUGAUAGUCUUGUAGAUGGUAAAAGUUCCGAAGAGAAGCAUGAAAAGAGGAAAUCGUUUAAAUUUCAUCGUCGAUUUAGUCUCAGUAGAGGUCGAGAGGAUUAGUUUAUAUUUCACUAAAUAGAGAAAUAAAUUAUAAAUGGUUUAUUCAGACAUACAAGGUCGACUUAAAUUCGGCUAAUUUUACGUCGUUAUCCGCGAAUUUUUGUAAACCCAAGAAAUUAUUCGGUUUACACGUGACAGAAACAAAUUUUAUUUAUUACCGACCUUGGACCGCUAUGCUUAUGAUUUAAUUCUCAACAAUAUUAAAAUACACAUAGUACCUAUGUGUCUUAUUAUGGAACAUUCAGGCAUAUCACUAAUAUACGAUUACAAAGGUCACCUAAUUAAAUUUACCGUAAUGACAUGUAACAUUUGCAUUGCUUACAUUGUUUAGGAUAUGUUCAAGUUGAGAUUAAUUAUCUAAAAAUAGCAAAGAUGCGAAAGAGGCGAUUAAGGAUUACUUAAUACU